AUAGUUCUAACUGCUCGAUUAACCUCUGUAUUCUUAACCGUGGCACGUCUCAAAAAUGAGGUUGGAGAAGUGCUACUUUUGUUCGUCUACGAUCUAUCCUGGACAUGGGGUACAGUUCGUCAGAAAUGACUGCAAGAUUUUCAGAUUUUGUCGAUCAAAAUGCCAUAAAGCUUUUAAAAAGAAGAGAAAUCCCCGUAAGGUUCGUUGGACUAAAGCUUUCAGAAAGUCGUCUGGUAAAGAAUUGGCUGUCGAUCCAACAUUUGAGUUUGAAAAGAGAAGAAAUGCUCCAGUUAAAUACGACAGACAAUUAUGGAAAAACAGUAUAAAAGCUAUGAAGCGCAUUGAAGAGAUUCGAGUCAAGAGACAGAAUCAACAUAUUAUUAAUAGAUUGAAAAAAGGCAAAGAAUUAAGAAAAGCAGAUGAUAUAAAGGAGGUAGAAAAGAACAUGCAUUUGAUUCGAGCUCCGGGUGCCAAAAAGAAGAAGAAAUUGGAAGCAAAGGUUGUUCAAGUUGUUGAAGAAUCGGAUGAGGAAAUGGAAGAAAUCUAAUUUAACAAACUUGUUAUAUUUUUUGUAUUAUAAUUAUGUUUUACUUUUCUGCAAUAAAUAUAUUGUAUUGUUAAAUAUACAAGAAUUACAAAAGAUGUCACUACAUGUCUUGCCUAUAAAAACUGGUGAUCG